UUGGGCCAUGGACAGCUAGCCGUUCGGGCGUCGUCCUCGCCAGCUGGAGCCCACUGUGCUUUGCCUUUUCGCCAGAGUGGCAGCGUCCGGGACGCGGAGACCCCGACCGGCCUACGCUUCCCGGGUCUGAGGAGCGCGGGCGCCGGCAGAGGCGGGACCGGAGUGACCCCCGCGGUUCCGGCCCUAAGGGGAGCCAGGAGCAAGGCCCUGACAGGCUGCAUCCAGUGCAGCCAGCUUUUUGUUAACCAUCCUUUACUGUUUACAGCGUGAAGGUUGCGGAGGCGUGCGCGCGUUUGCGUACGUGGUGGUUGUGAGUAGCAGGUGCUCGUUGUAACCGAUGGUGCUGUAGGUCCAAGAGCAACUCGAGGAAGUGUUGUUUCUGCAACCGUAUUUAUAGAAGCCUGGUAACCUGGCUGGUGUUCGGCACAUCAUCCUCGUGCUCUCAGGAAAGGGAGGUGUUGGGAAAAGCACCAUCUCUACAGAGCUGGCCCUGGCUCUGCGCCACACAGGCAAGAAGGUGGGAAUCCUCGAUGUAGACCUGUGUGGCCCUAGCAUCCCCCACAUGCUCCGGGUGCAGGGCAAGGCCGUGCACCAGUGCGACAGUGGCUGGGUGCCUGUCUUUGUGGAUCAGGAACAGAGCAUCUCCCUCAUGUCUGUGGGGUUCCUGCUGCAGAAGCCAGAUGAUGCGGUGGUGUGGAGGGGCCCCAAGAAGAAUGCACUGAUAAAGCAGUUUGUGUCUGAUGUGGCCUGGGGGCAGCUGGACUACCUGGUUGUGGACACGCCUCCGGGGACCUCUGAUGAGCACAUGGCCACUGUGGAAGCCCUGCGCCCCUACAGGCCCCUCAGGGCCCUUGUGGUCACCACACCUCAGGCAGUAUCUGUGGGGGACGUGAGGCGGGAGCUGACCUUCUGCAGGAAGACGGGCCUGCAGGUGAUGGGGGUCGUGGAGAAUAUGAGCGGCUUUACCUGCCCACACUGUGCAGAGUGCACCAGUGUCUUCUCCAGAGGUGGCGGGGAGGAGCUGGCCAGGCAUGCUGGAGUCCCCUUUUUAGGCUCUGUGCCCUUGGACCCUGAGCUGGCCAGGAGCCUUGAGGAAGGCCGUGACUUCAUGCAGGAAUUCCCCAAGAGCCCUGCAUUUCCUGUACUCACCUCCAUAGCCCAGAAAAUUCUGGAUGCUACCCCUGCUCAGCCCUCCUGACUGAAGCAGCCCAGCAGCUAUCUCCUCACAAGCUUUGAAGGAAAUGCCUGGAGCAGAGGGCUUGAAGACAAUUCCAGGGGCUGGCUCUGCCCUCAGAGAUGUCUCCACUGUGUUACCAGAACCCCUGGCCAAGCCUGCUGAAGCUGGCCUGUGACUGCUAGGGUUUGUGGUACUGAGGCCUGGGGGUUCUCUCACGAUGUGCAGCUGAGAAACAGGUGGUCUAGGACCCCAAGCCAUGAGCCUCUUCCCAACUCUCAUCACAUUCCUGUUUCCUUCUGCCUCAGAGGGACAGGCUGCUCCUGGCAGCUGAGUGGCCAUGUUCACAAAGCCCUCAGCCAACCCUAGGCUCCCCACAUCCCAGGGGCCAAUGGGUGAUGUGUAUUAACAGGAGGAGUGGGCAGCAUCCUAUGAGAUGGUAAAAUGACCUCAGACGUGUCCUGUAACUAGAGGAGCCUGCUAUUAAAUGUGUCUGCUGCCAUGAGCACAAGUCAGAUGUUUUUAGACCCUUCUGUCCUCAGCAGUCAGGCAGUAGUCACUUCCAUAAAUGUUAUUGAAAAGCCCCUGGAG